GAGGUGAUGUCAUGGCUUGUGAAUGAAUUGGAUUUAAGAGAGGCAGAGUUUCACAAAGAUUCAGUUUUACUCUCUCUUCCAGAGUCAUUGAAGUCCAAUGACAAGGCAAAAGUCGGAAUGACUCAUGAUGGCCAGGGAUACCCUGGGUGACCUUCAUAUCUUCAUUGUCUCUCCAAGUUUCAGCUGCCACAUUGUUCUCAUGUACUCAUUCCACCAGUGGAAGUCUUCACAUUCUUGGGUAGACAUCCUCCUAAAUCACUGAUGGAUCUGAUGCCUGCCAAUUACCCUCAACCUGGUUUUGGCCCACCUGCUAGAUGUGACUAAUGCAGGAGCUACAGUUUCUUGGAGCUACAGCAGGCUGUAAGCCUCACUGCAGGGAGGAGAUUCUCCGAGCUAGGAAUUCAUCCAUGGAGCCCUCUAAACUAGUCCUGCUGCAACUGAAGCUCUUUCUGAUUCUCCUGCUGGGAGCAGCUGGUGUGUGUAUGGGAGCUGGAGAGAAACUAUGGAAGGGACUAGGCACUACCCCCCACCUGGAGAGUAUCUUCCGGGGCAGAUGCAAUGAAUUCAUCUCUCUGGAGAAUCCAGAACUUGGGGACAAAAACUGCUCAGAAAUAUGGGAAGCCUUUAAAACUGUGUUCCAUAAGGAUCCCUGCUCUGUACUACCUUCAGAUUAUGAUCUUUUUAUUAACCUCUCAAGACAUCCAAUUCCCAGAGAUAAGUCAUUGUUCUGGGAAAAUAACUAUGAUGUUGUUACUGCUUAUGCUCAAAAUGGUCGACGGCUCCUGCCUAUAACUAAUAUGCUGUAUGGCAGAAUUGUAGAUCUCUUGGAUUGGUGUCGAAAAGAAAAUAGCUCAGAGCUUGAUUACCAGUCCUGCCCCACAACGGAAGAUUGUGAGAACAAUGCUAUGGACUCCUUUUGGAAGAAAGCAUCCUCACAGUAUGCAUAUGAUAGCUCAGGGGUAAUAUAUGUUAUGCUGAAUGGUUCAGAGCCAUCUGGAGCCUAUCCGGUAAAGGGUUUUUUUGCAGAUUAUGAGAUUCCCAACUUCCAAAAAGACAAAGUUACACGAUUUGUCAUCUGGGUUAUGCAUGAAAUUGGACAACCACAUAUAGAAUCCUGUGGGGAAGGCAGUAUGAAAAUACUGGAAAACAGACUGAAAGAAAUGGAGUUUAAAUAUGAAUGCAUUAAUGAUUACAGACCUGUGAAGCUCUUAAAAUGUCUGGACUAUAGCACGCAUCCUGAAUGUGUCUUUACUUCAGCAGCAGAGUCAACUCAACAAAGAAUCCCAUUUCUUUUUGGAGGAGGAUGGGGCUCCAGCCUUGCAUUUUUUCUUUUUUUUUUUGGCAUUAAUUUCAGGAAUUCAAUUUUAACUUUUUAAUAAAUUAAAAGGUUUUAUGAUAGUGAUCUCUAUCUCUUGUUUGGUCUUAAACACUUCUCUUAGUCAUUGAUAGAUAUGACAGAUAAAAUUUUCCUUGCUCUCCUAAUUUGCUUAUGAUAUCACUCUUUAUGUCUAAAGCAUGUACGUAUUUUUAUUUUAUUUUGGUAUACAGUGUAUCAAAAAUUAGCAUUGAACUGUAAUGAUUUUCAUAUGUAAUUUUUCUUAAACUUUGGGUUGACAAAGUCAGUCAGCCUUUCCCUCCAAUUUCCAUAUUGCAUAAAAUGUAUUUCUUAACCCAGCUGUAUAUGUGUAUAUUCUUGCUAAGUAAAGAUUUUUUUUAAAAACAGAGACUUGUCAUGUUUGUAGGCCCAAGACUGGUUGGCUUAUUCUUGAAGCCAAGAACAGCUUUUGUCUUGUCAAAAUGACUAGAGGUCAGUUACCCCUGCCCAUUAUUGUCUCAUUAUUGAUAUCAUUUUUCCAUUCAAUCUUCUUUGGAACAGCAGCUUGCAUUUCUAGAUGUUCCCUAACCAUCUCUUUAAUAACAUGUUCUAAAAUGUCUCCAGUAAUCUAAGUGAAACUCACUGGUCUAUAGUUUGUAAACAUUAAUUUUUUUUUGUGGAAAAUUAGUACAUUUCCACUUUUCUAGUCUUACAGUAGCAUUCCUAUUUCCCAUAAGCUUUCAAAGAUCACUACCAAUUGGCUUAGUUGUCAUAUCUGACAAUUCUUUCUGUACCUUGGGGUAUCCAUCUGGUGAUUUCAAUUCCUCAAGAGAAGCUUUUACUAUUUCUCUAUGUACCACAGGUGUCAGCACUAUGCUAGCCAUUUUGAUUCUGUUCAAAGGUCAUUCUUGGCAAGGAAAAAAAGAAAGAGUAAGAAUUAAUUUCUACCUUCUCUGUGUUCAAUAUAAGCCAUCAGUUGCCAUCAGUGAGUGAGGUAGUCUGAGCUGUCAAUCAUGUUUUGAGCCAGAGGCCAUGUCUGAGCAUGCUUGGGAAUUCCUUUACCUCUCUUUUUGCAGAGGCAUGGAUUUCUUUUCAAAAUCUGAGUACCAACAUGGAAACCCAAGCUUGCUCAUUCUUGUGACUUUUUUUUUUAAUAGGCUCAAAUUUUACCAAGUUUGCCCUGGUCUCAAGUUCUUUGUUAAGUGUGCUAAGUAUAAUUCUAGCCUUUCCACUUUGUCCCACAGUGAUUCUAAACUUUUAACUACAAGUUUCCAGCCCAAUUCAGUUAGACCUCUCUAAGUCUUUCAUCUCUAGAGAAGAAAAUCUACAUCCCCAAAUAAUACAGUCAUCCCUUGCUAUAUUGCAAUUCACUUAUCCUGGCUUCACUACAGGUUUUUGUUUUUGUUUUUGAAAAUCUAAUUCUGUAUCACAGAGUUACACUUAUUGGGGCACACUAUUGGCUGAUAGAAUGAAAGGCAACCAACCACAGCUCUGUUCUGUAUCCUGGGUGCUGAUUGGCUCAGUGACUAGGUUAAUAAGAGUUUAGAAAAGGUUUAUAGUAGAGUGGGAAGGGUUUAUAAAGCUUUAAAUAUAUAUAUAUAUAUAUAUAUAUUCAUAUAUAAAUAAUAAAGUAAAUAUAAUGCCUCUAUUUCCCAGAUUUUUACCUGUCAUGGGGGUCUCUGUAAUGCAAUUCCCACAAAAAAUGGGGGAUCACUGUACCACAUCAUUUCAGCUAGAUAUACGAACUCUAAUUAAAAUAUAACAAUGUUUUUAUCACAAUUUAGAAACAUUGCAAACCAAGGCAAACAUUUAUUUUUUUAACUUUAUUUUAAAAUAUUUUUCCAUGGCUAUGGGAUUAAUUUUCUUUCCCUGCCUUCUUCCUUCCCCCCUCCCAGAGUUGACAAGCAAUUCCACUAGGUUAUACAUGUGUUAUCACUUGAUACUUAUUUCCAUAUUCAUUUUUGUAAUAGAGUAAUCUUUUGAAACCAAAUCCUAUACCCAAAUAAACAAGUGAUAAAUCA